AUGAGGAGUUGCCCUAAAACUGAGAAUGUGACAAAACAAACUAUUGGGAAUGUGGAAAGUCAGAUAAUGGAGAAGAAACUGCAAGAACAUGCCAAAAAUCCUUUCAAUAAGAAUGAUAAACAGCCUAAGCUACAGGAUUUAAUUGAGGAGGCAGAGCAAAAGACAUCAUCACCAAAGUCUUCUACGAACACAAAGUUUUCGGAUCUGCCUGAAUCUGUUUCUACCGAUUCGAGAGGUGGUUUACCAGAAGAUACUAUCCAAAAGAUAGUAAAUCAGGUUGAAUACUAUUUCAGUGACUUUAACUUGGCCACCACAGAUCAUCUGAUGAGUUUCAUUGGCAAGGACUCUAAAGGAUAUGGAAAAAUGUCUGCUGCUAAAUCAUAUGUAUCUUUGUGGCUGUCAUUAACUGAUUCUCAGCUUUCCGCAGUGCUACAGAACUCAGCAAAGCUUGUUGUUAGUGAAGAUGGAAAGAAAGUGAGACGCAUAAAUCCGAUUACGGCAUCUGCUAUAGACGAGCUCCAGUCUCGCACUAUUAUUGCUGAGAAUCUACCUAAGAAUAUUCGCUCAAAAAAUCUGCUAAAGAUUUUUUCAACUGUUGGAAGUGUGAAGAACAUCCGUAUCUGCCGGACACAAAACAGUGUAAGCGGUGCUCCACCCGCAGCAAGAUCAGCAAAAAACGAUAGUAUGCUUUUCAGUAACAAGGUCCAUGCUUUUGAUGAGUAUAAGAAAGUUGAGCUAGCCGAGAAAGCAGUAAAGUCUUACCUACUCAUAUUUUCAGACUACGAAGUCCGCUUGAUGAAAAAGCAAACUGUGAUGGAGAGGGACUUGACUGAGCAGGUCAGAGAAAGUCAGGAAAUGGAGAAGAAGAAACUCCAAGAACAUGCCAAAACUAUGGAUAAUUUGGAACGAGCAAAGAGAGAAGAGACUAUGAUGGGAAGGGACUUGACUGAGCAGGUCAGGGAAAGUCAGGAAAUGGAGAAGACGGAUCUCCAAGAACAUGCCAAAACUAUGGAUAAUUUGGAACGAGCAAAGAGAGAAGAGACUGUGAUGGAGAGGGACUUAACUGAGCAGGUCAGGGAAAGUCAGGAAAUAGAGAAGACGAAUCUCCAAGAACAUGCCAAAACUAUGAAUAAUUUGGAACGAGCAAAGAGAGAAGAGGCUGCUUCAUUGAUUGAAGCUGAAAAUCAGCGAAAACUGGUAGAAGAAAGAGAGCUUUCUGAGUGCGAGCCACAUGACAAGAAGAUGUCGGAUAACAAGGAUUUUGACACAUUCGGCCGUAAAGUCUUCUGUGAAGAUCAUGAGGACAUUCUUCUUUUCGAGAAAGUUCUCUCCAACCAGGCGUUCAUCAUAUUCAGAAAUGUGAAGAUGGAUGUAUACAUGAAGCACCACCUUGAGGCUGCGGACAUAUAUGAAAUGAACCCCCAAGGAUUGUGGGAGACUAUGCCAAACAGAGUUGAAAAUAUUGUUUUGAAAGCAUGUGGGAAUUAA